CCAAAACAUAACCAAUUCACAAAAAGCAUCAUCAAGGAGUUAAAUUUAAAGCUCUUGUUUCUUUUGCAAUCGACAAUGGCUCCCAAGUCCCUUGCAUUUCUCCUCUCUCUCAACCUUCUUUUCUUCACAAUGGUGAGCUCCACCUAUGUGCCAUCUUCAGGGGCUCACUGUCCCAUUGAUGCUCUCAAGUUGGGAGUGUGCGCCAAUGUGUUGAAUUUGGUGAAUGUUAAGAUUGGAUCCCCACCAACACUCCCAUGUUGCAGUCUCAUUAAGGGUUUGGCUGAUCUCGAAGUUGCCGCUUGCCUUUGUACUGCGCUCAAGGCUAAUGUUCUGGGCCUCAACCUCAACGUUCCUGUUGCUCUUACUGUCAUUCUCAACAACUGUGGAAUGGACAACUCUGGCUUCAAGUGCCUUUAAUUUAAUUAAAUGUUCAUCAACAACAUGAUUAUUAUUGUUUAUAUGCCUUCAUCAAUCUGGUUCUCUGCUCUUUAUUGUUAUUGUUUUAAUGGAGGGAAUGGAUUGUUGCUUAUCUAAUCCUUCCAGAAACUUUCAGUGUAUUUGAUGUUUGUUAUAUGAAUAUUGUAUUAAAAAAAGUAAUUGUUUCUAAUUUAUCAA